AUGGUAAAGAGUUUUCCUGAACGAGAGCAGGAGAAUUAUAGGUUUUCUGAAGGAAAGGAAGGCGAGGAUUGCUUGGGAAACAUCGAUUUGCUUAAUUUGAGGCUUUUUCCUUCCGAAAAUUCGGAAAAUAGAAGAGACAGAUCGAAACGACCCAAAAAUUCCCUACCGAUCAACACAGAACCCGAAUCAGUCGAAUCCAAUCAAACAAGACUACGUCACUCAUUGGAACGAACUGAAACGAAACUAAUACCUAACAUAAACAAUUUACCAAAAGGUUAUGGUAACAUCCAAAACGGUACGCCAACUGUUACCUCAGACAAUUUGCUGUUGUUAUAUUCCAAUAACGAACGCGGCGCCGAAUUGAUUAACACAGAACCGAUCAGCCGGCAGGAUUUUCUUUUUCCCAGCAAAAAGAAACUCCACACGCGAGUCAUCGACGUUGUAUCCGAAGAUAGAAUGUCAAAAUCCGCCUCACGGAACAACAAGUUAGACAGUGGUUUUCCGUUCAAAUUAACUCCGAGUGGCAACUUCAAGGUUGCUUCGUCGCAAGUGGUUUUUUCUACCAACAAAUUAAGCGUUUUAGUAGCCGAUCCGAAGACUACCAAGGUUUGCGUACAUCCGGAAUUAAAUUUCAGUAAGAAAAUGGCGCACGAAACGGACUUAUCGAAGACCUCUGCUAUGGACACCAUCAUGAGCCAAGCCGGAUUUUCCAGUUUGGGUACCCUAAUUGGUAACACUCCAGUGAGAAGCGGAAACAAGGAGGCGUCUGAGUAUGAAAGCAAACAAACAUCCGAAAUUCUCGACCCAGAAUUAAAUCUGGGAAGACUGGGCUAUACCGGCACUGACAAUAUAACUUGGCACAAAGUUGUUUUACCCGAGAAAAAGAAUCUGUACCUCGAGCUUUAUUCACGAAUAACAAAUUACACAAACGCGGAUUGCAAAGUCUACAUAGAUAACGAAGAAUUCAAUUGCCAUUUGAUCGUUCUUCAAUGCUAUUCGGAGCUAUUCGACGCAUACAUUGCAGUUAAAAAAGUCGAAUUACCGUCGGAUAAAUGCAGCGCUGCAGCGUUUGCCUUCAUUUACGAAUGGAUGAUUACAGGCGAGCCCUCUUACAAAGAAUUAACCAGAGACAACGUCCUGGACAUAUUCAACAGCGCUAAAUACUUGAAAAUCAAAGACUUGGUGGAGCAAUGCUGGGCGUUCAUCGACCAUAACGAAGUAUUCUCCGAAGACACCGCCUUCUUGCUGUACAUGGACGCCAAAGAGAAGAACCUCACCGAAGUGCGAGAGCUGAUGCUGCCGAGGAUACAAGGCUUCUUCCUCAUGCUGGUCAGCUCCCAGAACUGGCUGGAGUUGGAACUGGACGAUGUCAAGAACUUGCUGAAAUCCAAUUACAUUUGCGUCAAUUGUGAAAUGGAGGUGUUUAUGUCCGCCGUGAGGUGGUUGAAGCACGAUUGGGGUUCGCGCGAUCAUUACAAAUACGAAGUGUUGGACUGCGUGCGAUUCGGCAACAUCGCUCCCUGGCAAUUGGUGGACAUCAAGAGGAACCCGGAGAACCCGGAUUUCAUGGAACUUGCCAAGGACCCGAAAAUUUGCAAGAUGAUCGAUGAUGGAUUAGCGUACGUAAUCAUCAAAUAUUGGUACGGUCAGGAAAACGACGAUUUCCAGCAUUGGAACGCCGUGCUGGGGCUGCAAGAGCCGCCGCCGCGCAACUGGAGCGGCUCGGACAAGACGUACUUCACCUACAGGGAGUUCCUGAUCUACCUCGACCAGUACCGCAGGAACCAGUUGAUCGAGAAGAACAAGCCGAAAAUGUCGUGCGACAAGGGCGACGGCAGGGAGGCGAGGAAAUCGCUAGCCAGCGGCGCCGAGAAGAACUCACCGAGAGUGCCGACCAUGGAGGAGUUUUUGUCGAAGAAGAAACGAAAAAUGGUGAAAUUACCUCCGUUGAUGGAACAAAAAUCGCCAAAGAAUCAUCUUCUACGACCACAAGCCGCCGUAAUUAUCCAAAGAGCUUUCCGAAAAUACCGAAGGCGAAAGUUACUUAGAACUUUAAACGUAGAAGCCAGCAGUAAGAAAUCGUACGAAGUCCUAAAGAAAACCAAAAAAGGCGUGCUAAAUAUGUUCAACGUGGUGAAAAAUCGAUUCGAACACGAUCAGAAAUUCUCGUCGGACACCAAGAGGAAUCUAUUAGAUGAAGGUUCCCUAUUUCACGAAACGAGAGAAACUGUAUUGGUGUUCGGCGGUCUCGAUCCGCACAAUCCCUACGGCUUCGGCAAGAACACCGGGAAAGAGAUAUUCCGCUACAUGCCCGUGGGAAACGUUUGGCAAUUCGUGGGCGAAAUGCCCGAACCCAGACACCACCAUUGCUCCGUGCUUUACAAAAGAAGGAUCUUGUUAGCAGGCGGGAGCGAUCCAAGGGGUAACAGAAUAUUCGAGGACGGAGGAGUGUCUGCGACAGUAUGGAGUUUCGAUCCGGUGAGCAGGAAAUGGUUCAAAGAAGAACCUAUGUCGGAAGCGAGGAAGAAUUUCGGAUUGGUGGGUUGCAAUUUGGGAUUGUUCGCCAUUGGAGGACAAGGAGCAGAUUACCAAUUAUUAAACAGUGUCGAAAAAUACGACGUAGAUAAGAAAAUAUGGAUGGAAAUGAGACCAAUGUCGGUAGCCAGAACCGGCUUCGCCUACGCCAAGUUAAAAAAUAACAUAUGGAUCGCUGGUGGCAUAAGUGGAACCGAUAAUUCUAUCGAUAUACUAGAUUCAGUCGAAACCUACGAUAUCAGAACCAACCAAUGGACGGAACUGAAACGACCCCUGCGAUUUCCUCGCUGCUUCUCCUCCAUGAUGGUGCUAUCGGACAAAUUGUACCUUAUCGGCGGGGCCGAGGAGUCCUCGCGAAAAGGCUGCACUAGCAGCAUAGGAGCCUUGGACUUGUGGGAUGAAAGGAAAUGCGAAUGGAGUGAAAUAACUCGUUUAAACAUGCCUAGGCACGGUCAUGCGGUAUCUUACCUAGGUACUCAGUUACUCAUCAUUGGAGGAGUCACUACAGCUUACGGGAGAGCUUUGAGCAACAAUGAAUGUUUUUGUACGCAAAGAGAAACAUGGGUUCGAGGAAUCGCUUGCUUACCAACUCCAUUGGCCGGACACGCUGUGAUCACUUUACCACCUGCAUCAUUACUGACUUUUUAA